CGCGUGUAUAGGGGAUGUGCUGGCUAAACUGUUGAUUACUUUGAUUAGCGACGCGAUGGACUCGGCGGGGUCAUUACAACACGAUAACAAAGGGGAGCUCCGGUCAUUACAACACGAUAACAAAGGGGAGCUGCAAUGCGGAGCGGAAGAAUGGCUGACUACCUUGGAGAAAGGAUGCAGGCGGCUACAGGAGCUUGUUGAGGCACUGUCUGUGCGGUCAAACGAAGAGCCAGGGAUCGAUGGGGGGGCGAUCUUAUUGGCGGGCUGGUUGAACGACACGGCCGAAGACAUCCUGGAUGUUAUGUGGGAGCUGGAGGAGGGUCCGGAUCCCCAGCUCGACGCAUACAUCGAUUGGCGGUGGGCGGAUGACGUGAUGAAUACCUGUAAGGCUUUUUUUGUUAAGGGUCGUGAUUUGCGCAUUCUGCUGGAAGCUCGGCUUGCAUCCGACGUGAUAACGCUGCUCUCCACAUCAGAAGCAGCGGCGACAACAACGACGGCGAUUUCGACAACAACAUCACGCGAUCGACUGGAGGAGCGGCGGAGAUGUGGCGAGAGGGAUGUGAUAGACGACAACGACGACAAGGACGACGGUGUGAAGGGAAGCUUCGAGGUCAAUAACGACAACAAUAAUAAAGACAAUACGAACAACAACAAUAACAACGGGGAUGCUGACUGUGGGAACUGCGUGGUUGACUGCAACAACGAUGCUGUUGACGAUGUCAUCAACAACAACAUUGACAACAACAUCAUCGACGGCUACAAAAACAGCAACAGCGACAACGACAACAAGAACAACAGUGACAACGACAACAAUAACGACAACAAUAACGACAGCAACAACAACAACAAUAACGACGAUGAAGGGGUCGAUGACCAAGGAAGUAGCGGGGUGGGAGAUGGUAUCCAUGCAUCGGAGAUUAUCAUUAGCGUCACAGGUUUGAUGCUGAAAGCGGAUGGGGUGGGAUACGGGCUUGAUAAGGUGAUGUGGUUGUCGACUGCCCCCCCCCCCAACUUAGAUACGGAACUCGUCCGUGUGAUUCGGCAGAGGGUAGGGGUGGGAUAGCUGGAGGUGUUCGAUGUUGCCCGGCCUGCGAUAUCGAGGGAUUGUGGCGGGCUUGUUAGGAAUUUUUUAGUGGGAAGUCGAUCCCUCCCUACGCAGGGAAGUAAUCGGUUCCUUCCCUGCAGAGGGAAGUAAUCAAUGCCCCUGCCAGGGUCACACUUUUGGCUGGCGAAGUUUCUCACUUAGGGUUUUGUCUUUACACGUCGGAAGAUACAGAAUCGAUGCAUGUACACAGUCUUGGGUUGGGGGACAUAAUGAUACAACACGGUGUCUCAGCCGAUACAAAUCAUGUUGUUGCAAUCUGCGUUACAGCGUCCUUGGGUUUUGUCUGAUUGGGUCGUUUGUUUUGGAAGCUCUGUUGAUUAGACGACAAGGGAAGCAGGACUCGUUUUCCAGCAUGGACACGGUGUGAAUGAGCAGUUAAUCCCCUCUUAGGAGGGCAAUCAAUGCUGCUCAUCACUGCGCAACGGAUUAAGCUCAUACACAUCACAAAUUUUCGACUGCCUAAUCAAAUGAUUACCAUGUA